AUGAUUGUGCUGUCUCAACAAAUUUUAGACUAUGCUAAUGAACUGCGACAAGCUGCUCAAGAUUUACAUCGUGUUCAAUCGAAAUAUCAAACGAUCACAACAGCGGAUACAGCUCGUUCAAAUAACCACAAUCAUACUGAUUGUCCUUCAGCAGAACAAACGCGAAAACUAAUUACACGCGAACUGCAAGAAUGGCAUAAACAGCAAGUAUCGAAAUAUAAAAACUUAACGACUGAAUCACAAACAAUCAAUCCUCGUACUCCAUCUCCGACAUCACAGUCACAAGAAACAGAUAAUAUGCUUGCUAGUAUACUCCCACCAGUUGAAAACGCCCGACUGAUAUGCUCGUCCUCCUCUUUCAUUGUUGCUGAACAACCACCAGUAAUGAGUACAUCAAUGUCGAUGCCUAACACGAAUGAUAUGUCCACGCAACAAGAUAUUCCACGAAUGAAUAACUCUGCAUUUAUGGUUACACUGCCACGUAAAUCAGUUACGGUCGAUACUCGAACAUCAUCAUCAUCACCACCACCACCGUCAGCUCCGAAUGUAAAUACUGAUCCUCCGUCUUCACCUGUAAUUAAUGCUUCACCACCUUUGCCAUCUGGGUGGGAAACACGCAUCGAUCAAUUUGGCCGUCCGUAUUUUAUCGAUCACAAUAAUAAAACAACAACAUGGCAACGCCCAACGACACAAUCACAAUCGACUGUUUCGACUCCUCGUCUUCCAGUUGCUAGCACAGUUGCUCUUACUAAUACCAUCACUAUUGUGGCUCCUGUACCUACUACAACUGCUGUUCCUGUUAGUCCAUCGCCAACUAUUGAUCGUGAACGUAUGGAUAAACGGUAUCAAAGUAUUCGACGCACAGCAGCAACUCGUACAACAAGUUCAUCAGUAGUUGACACGUCCAGUAUUCUCUCGACUGAUAAUAGUAACUCAACUACUACGAAUAAUGACGUCUCAUCAUCGUCAUCAUCGUCAUCAACAGUUUCUUCAUCAGUUCAAACCCCCGACGAGUGUAUACGAUCAACUCCAGCUUUAAGAUUCAUUUGUCGAACUGAUUUUUAUCAAUUCUUCAAAACACACCGUGAAGCACGUCACAUGACUAAAUCAGAUUCAUUAGCCGGUAUUCUCCAACGUAUUCGCCAUGAUCCCACGCUCUUCAAGCGAUAUCAACAUAAUAAAGAGCUCGUACGUUUUCUCAAUCUGUUUGCUGAUCCAACGCGGGUUUUACCCGCGCGGUGGGAUGUCAAACAUGACGAUAGCGGAAAGCUAUUUUUCGUUGAUCAUAAUACACGUUCGACAACUUACAUCGAUCCGCGUUUGCCAAUCGAUGAUGAACAGCAACCAACUGCAGCUAUUGCCUUACCACCAACCAGUGGCUCCGAUGAAAACUCAUCAGUCAUAUCGCGAGCUAAUCGAAAACAACAAGAACUCAUUAGUUUAACAUAUAACGAAAAAGUCGUGGCAUUUAUGCGACAGUCUCAAAUAUUUGAUUUACUCAAAGCAAAUCAACUUGUGCCAUUGACGAGCAAGCUGCGUGAAAAAAUUCAAUUGAUUCGAGCCGAAGGUGUUCGAGCGUUGGAUACGCUAUCGAAUUCUGUAGAUUUAAGUCUUCUCAUUAGUGUCUUUCAUGAAGAUAUCGUGUCUUAUAUUCCCCCAUUAACUCAAUCGACAAGUGUGACAACAUCCCAAUCUGUCUCAUCGUUUAUCUCGCCAUCAACUUCGACAACAUUCGUCGUCGAACAAGGUAAAUCGUCAUCGGCAUCAUCGUCACGUCGUUCAUCAAGUCAACAAUCAGCUUCCUCAUCGCGUCGGCCAUGUUUUCAGCAGAAACUUCGUGCUUUCUAUAAAAAACUCGAUUCGAAAGGUUAUGCAACAGGUCCGGCAAAGACCAAAGUUUCCAUCUCACGAAAUAAUCUUCUUUCGGACGCAUUUGAAAAAUUCAUGAAUCAAAUACCGAAAAAAGACUUACAACGAAACAAAUUAUUUAUCACGUUUACCGGCGAGGAAGGUUUGGAUUAUGGAGGUCCAUCACGAGAAUUUUUUCUAUUAAUGUCGAGACAAUUCUUCAAUCCAUACUACGGCUUUUUCGAAUAUUCAGCAAGUGAUCAAUACACAUUACAAAUUAGUCCCAUGUCGAAAUUUAAUGAAAACUAUACGGAAUGGAUGCGUUUCGGUGGACGAAUGCUGGCUGUGGCAUUAAUAAACCAAUACCUUGUUGAUGCUUUUCUCGUCCGUCCAUUGUACAAAGCAUUACUGCGCGAACAUCAAACAUUCACAUUGGCUGAUUUAGAAUCACUCGAUCCGGAAUUUUAUCAAUCAUUGCUGUGGAUUAAAGAAAACAAUGUUGAAAAUCAAGAUUUGUAUUUCUAUGUCAACGAAGAUCAAUGUGGUAAGAUUAUCGAAAAAGAAUUAAAACCCGAUGGGAAGAAUUGUCAAGUGACUGAACGUAACAAACGUGAAUUUCUCGAUUUGAUUAUUAAAUGGCGCAUUGAACGCGGUGUACAAGAACAAAUCGAUUGUUUCGUACGAGGCUUUUAUGAAAUCAUUGGUGAUAAUAAACUCAUUUCAUCCAUGUUUGAUGCACGAGAAUUAGAACUAGCCUUGUGUGGCACGAUGGAAAUUGAUCUGAACGAUUGGCGCGUAAAUACCGAGUACCGUGGUGGUUACCAUAGUCAACAUCAUGUUAUCGAGUGGUUUUGGUUUUGUGUCGAGAAACGUUUUGAUAAUGAACAACGUUUGAAAUUGUUACAAUUCGUUACUGGCACAUCGUCGAUCCCGUAUGAAGGGUUUUCCGCAUUGCGUGGUUCCAAUGGUCCACGACGAUUUUGUAUCGAACGGUGGGGGGUGGCAGGAGCAUUACCACGUGCACAUACAUGUUUCAAUCGUUUGGAUUUGCCGUCUUACACAUCCUAUGAUAUUCUAUAUAACAAAUUGUUAUUAGCUAUUGAAGAAACAAAUACAUUUGGUAUCCAAUAA